GUGGAGGGCGCCAUUUUGUGUAUUUUCUAUAAAUUAGAGCAGAGUAGGUGUGCGGAAUAGUUUAUUUUUGAAAGGAAAAGCACUCCUCUGUUUUUUUUUUGUUUAAUAUAGCAGCUGGGCACAAGUGAUGUGUGUUUAAAGGCUAUCCAGGAGUUUGAAGGCUCGCAACCCACAGAGCGGUACGCAUUGAUGUGGAGAUCGUUUCUCUUGUGAGCGGGAGUGAGCGACAGCGAGAUGGCUAACAAAACGGCCAUUGGGAACCACCAGCAACAGCCGCCGCAACAGGCCGGAGGAAGCGCCAAACCCGCCUCCUCUAUUAAGCAGGGCAACGUACUGCCCUUAUGGGGCAACGAAAAGACUAUGAACCUCAACCCACUCAUCCUCACCAACAUCCUUUCUUCGCCCUACUUCAAAGUACAACUGUACGAACUGAAGACUUACCACGAGGUCGUGGAUGAGAUCUACUUUAAGGUUACUCAUAUUGAGCCAUGGGAAAAGGGGAGCAGGAAGACUGCAGGCCAGACAGGCAUGUGCGGAGGGGUUCGUGGUGUUGGAACAGGAGGUAUUGUUUCAACUGCCUUUUGUCUGCUGUACAAGCUAUUUACCCUGAAGUUAACUCGCAAACAAGUGAUGGGUCUUAUAACACACACUGACUCUCCAUACAUCCGUGGUUUAGGAUUCAUGUACAUUCGGUACACACAGCCUCCAGCUGACCUGUGGGAUUGGUAUGAGCCCUUUUUAGAUGAUGAAGAGGAACUGGAUGUAAAGGCUGGAGGAGGGUGUGUCAUGACUAUAGGAGAAAUGAUUCGUUCUUUCCUUACGAAGUUGGAAUGGUUCUCUACUUUAUUCCCAAGAAUUCCAGUUCCAGUUCAAAAGAAUCUGGAUCAGUAUCUCAAAACUCGCCCCAGGAAAAUUACCAAAAAAGAUGGGAAGGAUGCAAUGGAAGAUCACGAACGUCUAUCAGAACGUAGACACUCACGGUCACCACGAAGAUCCCUUAGUCCACGGAAAUCUAGAAGCAGAAGUCGUCAUAGAGAGGGCCAUGGUUCUUUUGGCUUCGACAAGGAACUAGAAAGAGAAAGAGAACGGCAGAAACGAGAACGGGAGCAAAUGAAAGACAGAGAGAGGAGUGAGAAGGAUAGACACAAGUCUAGAAGCUCAGACAGAGGCAUGGACCGCAGGCGAAGUAGAAGCCGAGAUCGGCAUAGAAGUCGAAGCAGAGAUAAAAGGAAUGAUAAAAAAGAUAAAGAGAGGGAGAAGGAAAAUGAAAGAAGCAGAAGGAGAGACAAAGAUUAUGAUAAAGAAAGGGUAAGUGACAGAGAUAGGGAUAGAAAUAUUGAGAAAGAAUUAGAGAGAUCUAGAGACAGAGAUAAACGAAGCCGGUCAAAGACAGAAGAGAGAAAACGUAAGGAAGAGAGGAGAGAAAAAGAUGAAAGAAGACAUAAAGAUGAUAAAAAGGAUUCAAAAAAGGAUAAAAAGCAUAGCAGAAGUAGGAGCAGAGAGAAAAGACAUAGGAGUAGUAGUCCUGGCAGGGGUCAUGUCAGCAAGCGUAGCAGAAGCAAAAGCAAGGAAAAGUCUAAACAUCGAAAUGAGCACAAAGAGAAAUCAAACAAACGAAGUGUUAGCAGAGAAAGGACUGAUGAGAAUGACAGUGAACGACUAAAGAAACAGAGUAGCCAUAGUAAAGAGAGAGCUCACAAGCGCAGUCGAAGCAAAGAACGAUCUCACAAACAAAGUCACAGUGAUGGUAAGGACCAUUCAAGCAAACUAAGCCACAGAAGUCUCAGUGCAGAAAGAGAGAACAAAAGCAAUGCAGAAGGGUGGUUACAAGGCAAUACCACUGAUGAUGAUUGAAAAUUUAAAUCUAAUUGUACAGUGAUUAAAUUGUUUUGCUUUUGAACAUUUUUUUAAAUUAUGCUAUGGCUAGGAUAAACACAUGUCUUUGAAUUCCUGUAGCCUGCAGAUAAUAUUUCCUGUUUGUAGGAAGUGCCUUUGGUAACCAGCUGUUCAAUUUACCAUUGUAAUUCAAGACCAAUUUUAUUCUGUACAAUGUAGAAGAUACAGGAUUUGUUUUGGUUGAAAUAAUGUUUUUGCAAGUAUACUAUGUACAUACGUUGAGAGUUUUAAUCAUUGGCACAGCUGCCAUAUUGGUUCAUUUUGUAUGAUGGGCAAUAAACUGCCAUACUUAAAAACCUGUGUUAAUACGUUCAAAGCGCUUGUGUCUGACAUAUCUGUCCCCGAAGUAGAUUUUUCCCAACUUUUCUAUUUAUUUAAUGUGGGACCUUACACAUCUUUGAAAAAGGUGGGUGAUAUGAUCUUUAUAAGAUGGAAAUUACAUUGGGUUUUCCUAGCAUUUGUGCAGAUAUUCUAUAGAGGGUAGCUAAACGUAAAAACAAAACUAAAUCCUGAACUAGAAUUUCGAAUAUACCAGAGUUCAGUGCACGAGUUAGAAAGAUGGAAUGAGAUCAAGUGUUUCCUUGAGACACAUUUUAGGCCUUCAGAUUUUUUUGGCUUUACAUUAAAAGUAGUAUUUUAAAACUUGAGGUGGAUUUUUAUAAAACAGGAGUAGACUCAGUUAUUGGAGGAGUGCUUUAAAAUGUAUUUUUUAAAAUAUACUAUAAAAAGGGUGAUUAAUGGCUGAAGCAGUUUCUUCUUGGUCCUUUGAAUUCAUCUGGAUCUAGUGAAGAUACAGUGGUAUAAUUAAAAAUUUCAUUAUAAAAUUGGUAAAUUUCACUCAUUUAAAAAAAUAUAUUCUAUUUGGGGCUUUUUUGCAUUGACCCAAUACACCAAAAUCAAUCCGUGUUAAUAUAAUAAAAUUGAAAGCAACCUAUUCUUGUUCAUAAUGGGUGUUUGUCAGAAUGUUAAGCAAGGGCCCUGUAGUGGGAAUAUGUCUAUUGCUAUGGUGUUAGCUAUUUGUUUGGAAGUCUUAUGUAAAUAAUUGAGGCUUUCCCAGAUUGCAAAAUGGGAUUUAUUGAGGUUAGAAUGAUUAGUGAAUGUAUUUCAUUCAGAAAUGUUUAGCAAUGUUGCUUGUUUUGUGUGAUGUACUGUCUAGAGAGGCAACUUGAGAAAAUAUAAGCACAAUUAUUUUUGUGAAAGAAAAAACAACUUCCCAACACUGCAGUGUUUAAAGAAAUGGAUAUUACAUAUUUUUAGUCAUUUGAGAACUGGAUAACUGACAAUUUUAAUUUCAGUGGUCAGCACUGAGCUGUAUUCUGCAGAAAACAUUGAUGUUUUUUGGUAGUUGGGGGACGAAUAUGAAGAUGAGCAACAUUUCUAAAUUUUAUCAAACUGUAGGGAUUUCAUAUCUAGGCAGGAACCGGCUUGUUGAAUGGAUUGUGUUAGAAAUUGAAAGCUCAUUACCAGAUGUAUGUGGUACCUUAAAGCAUCAAUUUUCUGUUGUUGCUUUGGAAAAACUCUGACAUCACAGUCCCCUUCAUAUAAUUUAAUUGAAGGAUUAAUCUUGAGUGUCAUUGUUGUAUUUAUAAAUUGCUGUUUAAUAGCAUGUGAUUUUUUUUAAGAGAAAGAAAACUGCAGAUGUAUGUUUAUUAAUAUUCCUUUCAUUGGCUGCAAUAAGUCAGCUCAUAACUUAAGAAUUAUGUCCAUGGGGAAUAUUGACUUUGGAUUUUUAACAUUAAGGAAAUGGUACAAUUUGUAACAUGGGAAAAGGAAAGCAUAAUGGUGCUUCCAAGCACUAAUUGUUUGAUGUUUUAAGCUCUGCAAAAAUAUGGAAUUGGCCACACAUGCACAUCCUUGUCCAUUUCAAGAAAUACUGGAUCUGUGGAUAGAUAAAAAUAUAGGAAAUGAAAUACUGUUUAAACUCCCAGCGAAACUUGAAAUAAAUAGAAAAUGGUAUCCUGACUACUGAACAUUUUAACAAGCUGGUUUAUCUUCAGUCUUUUUCUUAUUAGGAGAGAUUCUGCUUUUGCGAACAAAAAGUGUCGUGCAUAUAUUUCUGCUAUUGAUCUACACUUAUGAAUCAUUUGAUCUAUAUUUGAAGCUCUUGUAAGGUGCAAGGAAACUAUAAACUAUGCUCAGUAUUUAGUUUAACUUGAUUGCAAAAUUGUAUUUUUCAUUAUGCAAGGUACACCUUCCAAUUCACUAAUGAUUCAGAUGCAAUAUUGAUUUGUCAUAUUUACAAGAAAGACAAGGUAGAGACUGGAUUUUUUUCAUGCAUAAAAAGUUUUUAAACUAGUGCUGCCUCUGGAGUAUUGCCUUAAAUUGAUAUUAGCUGGUGAAGUAGUUCUUGCAGUCUACCACCU